AUGUCUAAUCAAGCGAUCUUACGCAUUGGCCGUGAAAUUAGCCAGAUUCAGCAUGGCACGGACUUGUCCCUAGCGGUGGCUUGCAAGGAAUCAGAUAUCCGUAGCAUGAAGGCCCUGAUCGUGGGCCCUCAUGAAACGCCCUAUGAGUUUGGAUUUUUCGAGUUCUCGAUCAGGUUCCCCGAAGAUUACCCUGGAACACCACCAACUGUUCAUUGUACAACUACAAAUGGCGGCCGAUGUCGCUACAACCCGAAUAUUUACGCCUCUGGAAAAGUUUGCUUAUCUAUACUAGGGACCUGGCGUGGUGAGCGUGGAGAGCAAUGGUCUUCAGCCCAAGGCUUGGAAUCUGUUCUGAUUUCCAUCCAGAGUUUGAUGUCCGCUAACCCCUAUGAAAACGAACCUGGAUUUGAGAACGCCAGGUCUGACCACGAUCAACAGAAUAUGUCUCAAUAUGUUGCCAAGAUUCGACAUGAGACUCUGCGGAUUGCAGUCAUCCAGAGACUCGAAGAGUUCCUUGGUAUCCAAUCGGAUGGCACGGUCGUUCCCCCAUGUCCUGCCGGGUUUAUAGAGGAGGAAGAGGAAGAGGAUCGUUUGACCGGAGAGGACGACCGCCCAACUUUUGAGCCUUUCGAAGAUCUCCUAAAGCGCAGAUUCCUAUGGUACUACGAAUCUUACAUUCUCGCAAUCGACGCUGCAGAACCCCAAGUUACCCCUUCACAGGCAUUCAAAACGAUGCCCUUUGAAAACGUCGGAAACGUUAUGAAUGGCCGUUUCUGUUACCCAGACCUUCGUAGACGCCUGGGCCUUAUCAAAGAGACUAUCAUGAAAGAGACCGAAAGUUGGGCUGCGGAGGGCAUGAAGGCGAAAAAAGACGAGACUAGGAUCGCCGUCAACCUCCAGCGGCAGCACGAGCAGACCGUUGCAGAUCUCAAGAAUAGGGGGAACUUCAUGAUCGAUCUAGACCUCGAGGAGGGGAACCCAUUCCUCUGGAACAUGACCUACUUUGGUAAACACAUGACGCAGUUUGACGGUGGCAUUUUCCAGAUCCGAAUCUACCUGAGCCCCAAGUUCCCUGAUGAACAGCCGCGGGUCAUCGUUAAGCCACCCCUGUUCCACAAUCGUAUCUCCAAGGACGGGGUUCUGUGCUAUUUCCCAAAGAAGAUGGAGGAGAUGAAGGCACAUAUUGAGGCUAUUGUGGAGGCGCUGGAGGAUGAGGCCCCGCCCUAUAACCCGUGGACGACCGUGAAUCCAGAGGCGUCGAAAUUAUUCUGGGGCUCUGAGGAGGAUAAGAAAAAGUAUAAUCGGUUGCUCAGGAGGUCUGUGCAGCGGAGUACUGAGCAUUAUUUGAGCCCUCUGGAUAGACAAAGUUUUCUUCCUUAA